AUGAAUGGGAAUGAAGAGGAAAAGGGAAAUACUAGAGUUGUAUGUGUACAUGGAACCAACCUAAUUGUUUUCUGUGAUUAUGCAGCAUCCGGUAGAUCUCUACAGUUCAUAGAAGAAUAUAUUUUAAGGGAAGUUUUACCUACGUAUGGAAACACGCCUUAUACAACUAGCAUAUCGUCUCUUCAAACAACAUUAUUUAGGCAAGAAGCUAGAGAUAUAAUAAGAACUGCUGUCAACGCUUCCGAGGAUGAUGCAGUAAUAUUUUCUGGUCAUGGUUGUUCGGAUGCUUUAGCAAAAAUAAUAACUGCCCUAGAUUUAAGGGAAUCGCCUGUAAUUUUUACAGGAUCCACAGAACAUUUUGACAAUUUACAUUUAUGGCAAAAAACCGGUGCUAAGUUGGUGAGGAUCGGUGAAACCAAAGAAGGCCUAUUGGACUUAACAGAACUGGAAAACCAACUCAAAUUUCACCAAAACUGCGGCAGACAGUUGAUAGGAUGUUUUUCUGUUGCUUCCAGCGUUACGGGCAUUGUGAUAGAUGACCUCGCCUGUACGAUCCUCCUCCAUCAAUAUGGCGCGCUCUCCUUUUGGGACUUCAACGUCGGUGCUCCUUGUUUACAGAUUGAUAUGAACCCUGCUAUUCCAGGCGUCGAAGAAAAUUCUACGUCGGGCUACAAGGAUGCAAUAUAUUUUUCUGGGCACAAAUUCAUUGGAGGAGUGCAAACACCAGGUAUACUAAUUGCCAAAAAGUGCAUCUUUCGACGGUUAAAUACUUGUGAUCCAGAUGGAUUUUUCGUAUCUAAUGAUCACGAUAAGAGUUUCGAUGUACAGGAAGACGGUAGUUGUGCAGCUGUAGUGGAAUCCAUUCGGGCUGGUCUCGUCAUGCAACUGAAAGAAACCGUGUCUGUCACCAAUAUCGUCCAAAGGCAAGAAAAAAUUAAUAAACAAAUGCUCCAACACAUCCGAACCAUUCCAGAAGUCAUUCUCUUAGGAAACAACUCUCCAAAUCUGAAACGAAUUUCAGUGUUUUCGUUCAUGGUGCGGCAUCCUAGAGGAAGCUUCCUCCAUCAUAACUUCGUUUGUGCCGUUUUAAAUGACGUUUUCGGAAUACAAGCCAGAGCUGGAUGUCCUUGUUCAGGAGCCUAUGCCCAGGAGUUACUUGGAAUAGACCAAAGCUUAGCGGAUCAGUAUGAAAGUAUUAUUUUAGAGGAUAGGCGAUUAAGCAGUUUAAAUCUCGGCGUAGAAAAUUCAACACUCGAACUACUACGACCAGGUUUUACUAGAAUUAGUCUUCCAUAUUUUAUAACUGAUGCCGAAUUAGCCUUCAUUAUGGAAGCCGUCAAGAUGGUGGCCACUGAAGGUUGGAAAUUGCUUCCGCAAUAUGUCGUCGAUUUGGAAACUGCUGAAUGGAGACAUCAUACCAACGCUGUUUCCAAAGACAGAAAAUGGCUGUCAUCAAUUAGGUACUUAGAUGGGAAAAUGACCAUGAAUGAGAGGCGGAUAUCUGGACCGGGCCUCUUUCCCCAAAGCUAUUCCGAAUGCCUACAGACUGCAAGAAAUUUAUUCAACAGAUCGAGAAAGGCUGCCAAUAGGGGUCCUUAUCAAGACCAAGGAAUCAUUUUCGAUAGCAGAGGGGAGAAAUUGAGAUGGUUCAUGCUUCAGCAUGAGGCACAAAAUUUGUUAACAAGUAAUGCACAAAAUGUCAAACAGAAAGUUCCGUUUGACCCUUUAAAUAAUUUGUUAUUCAAGAGGGAUAAGGAAAGGGAUAAGUCUAAAGAUAGGGAUAUUAAUCCUUCUCAAAUGCCUGCCAAUGGUUCUCCUAGGCAUUUUAGUCUUCCUGCUAUCGAUGAUCCCAAAGUACUCACCUGUUCUUCGCCAGUGCCAUAUUUUCUUCAAGACGUUAACGGUUUAUAUUAUCCGCAAAUUUCACAACCGUCAGUAAAUUUUGCUGUCGGAGAAGCGGUUAGUUCAACAAAUUUAAAUCACCUUCAACAGAAUUUCGUCAGAGAAAGGUGUUUAAGUCUAGGAGCCCCUACUGUUGCUUCACCCGUCCUUAGUCCAUCCACACGAGUGAGUCUCGGAAUGCAGAGCCGUCAAAGGCAGCUUAGCUACAGCAGUCAAGAACCGAAUUCCUUAGAGUCAGAUUCCAACCAAAUGUCUCCAACGCAUAGUUUGAGUAUUCUGUCAAACAGCUUUGAUUGUCUUCAAUGCGGUCGAUCGUCCCCAGCUCCUGAUUUGCAGACCUAUGUAACGGAGAUGACCAAAGAGAUUGCCACAAAUAUUAAAAGUGAGAUAAGAGAGGUUAUUUCUAAAGUUGAAGAUGCUUUGGAGAAUACUGACAGUGUAUGUUCAUAUUAUGAAAGACAUGGAAGUGGUAGUGAGGAUGGUAGAAGCGAUUCUAUUUCUGCCAAUGAGGUUGCCGAGUAUUUAGAAAAAGUAUCUAUAGAAAUGGCAAAUGAAGUUAAGUCUGAAAUUCGCGAAGUCGUUAGCGCAGUAGACGUUUUCAUUACUCCCGAUAAUACCGAAAAACACCCUUAUUCGAGAACAUCAAGCUUAGGAACGUCCAGCGAAGAACGACAAAUCCCACCGUCUAUCAAUCAGGAACCAGAGAAAUAUACUCCAGGUUCUAGUACUGAAACAGUUUUACAAAUGAUAAACAAAUCUGCAAGUUCGGACAAACUGCUGGACAAUAAAAAAACUGAAGAAGAUAAAACACAGAAGUCUAACAAAGUUCUUUCGUCGACGGUGGCAAGUGUUAGCAGUCAGGAUAGCGGUAUCAAUUUGUCUUUCCAUGAGCAAGAACAUUUCCCAAAUGGAGAGUUUAAAUCUAGGAGUAAUUCCGAAUCUCUGCAUGCUCCAAGGAAAUCCGAAUCUGAAAUAAAAUUCUCUACAUUGCAGAAACAUAGGCCUAGAAUAUUUAGGGAUCUUAGCGAUGAUCACCAUUUAUUGGAAGUCAUGGCUAAUAGGUAUAACUCUCCUCCCAAAACUAUCUGGGAACCGUCUUUAGAAGCCAUAAGCGAGUUCGAAAUGGUGAAGAACGGGGAUAAAAUUAUGGUUUGUUUAUCCGGUGAAAAAUUAGAAAGCGCUAAAGAAAACUACUAUACCUUCUGUACUCCUGGUUUACGACAAAGACUGUAUUCUGCCGCUAAAAGUUCUGGUUACAAUGUGUUAGCAAUUGGACAACAUCUCGAUGAUGUUUGCGAGAGCUUCAUGUUGUCAGUUUUCCAUACAGGAAAAUUGAGAUCGUUGAGGGCACACUAUUUCAUCAGAGAUCAUGAUCUCCGGGUAAUACGGCCAUUCGUCUACGUUCGAGAAAAAGUACUUAGGCAGUACAGCACCAACGAAAAUCUCCCUGUUUUCACAAGUUCUUCCAGUCCGAGACUCACAAAAGAGAGCCAACGGAUCAAGCAAGUUCUCAUCCAGCAGGAAAUCCAUUUUCCAAAAUUGUUCACCUCGUUGCGAUCCGCUCUCCACCCGUUGAUAGGUUUCGAAAUAAGCGAGUGCGAAAUUUACAGGAAGAGAUUGAAACCAAAUAAUGAAAAUAGUGCGUCAGACGAAGAAACUGACGAAGAGCCUAUCGUUAAAGGCGAAUAAAGACAAUUUUGUUAGAUAUACGUCAAAAAAAAUGUUCGAUUAGGUAGGUGUGAAAUGGAAUGUGUCGACUAGGAAUUUGGGUUUUAAUUAGGUUCAAUAAUAGGUUUUAUAUUUCUGUUAAAUAAAAAAAUUUCCAUCUCGUACAAAAAUGGCAAGCAUUUUCCUGAGCAACUACCUGAUAAAUAAAUUGUGGGACAACUGGUUUAGUGAAAACUUGAAUACACUGCUGGCAAGAUCAAACUUUCUGUCCCGCUUUACUUUUGUUCGAAUGAAUAGUAAAUGGAGUUCGCAUGGACAGGAGAGGAUGUGGUGUCGAGAUGGCGGGCUAUCGACUCAUGACUGACAUCAUUGAUACAGUGUCGUUUCUUUUAUGUUCGAGCAUAAUUUAAUAUUCACUCCAACGCAAAUAAAACGGAUCGAAGGUUUGAUCCUGCCAGUACUGUAUAUUAUAUGUAUUUGUUUUUAAUGAGAAAUUACAUAAUUAUUUAUGCAAUAAAGCUGAAGAUCAGUUAAAAGAUAUCUUGUAAUCGUCAAAAGAUUUCACAUUGGAUGAAAAGUUUACUAUAAUAUUCUUCAGAUCAAGAAGUCUAGGUCGAUUCCAACUCAAUUCAAAAUAUCUAAGUUUUUAUGAGUAUUUUAAACUUUUUCUUAUUUUUGAAGGUAGAUUAUUCAUUAAACACUUUUUUGUGACAAUGUACGUUUUUAAAAAUAAUUGAACUACUUAUUUUUUGUUAAAAAAAAAAAACUUACUAUUUUAUAUUCAAAUUUAUCAUUUAAUUAAUUUUCAAAUCCUAGUCGACGUAUUUAUGUUUUCAAGAGAUAUUUUAUAUAGGUAGGUUUUUUUUUGAAAUUUCUAGAUACUUAAAAAGGGUAUGUAAGUGUACAAAAACGUGCGGACUAGACAAAAAAAUUGGCAUAAAAUAUUUAAAAAACUGAUUAGAUAAUUCUGUGAAUUAAAUAAUCAGGACAUUUUUGUUGAACUUUUGUUAAUUUACUUUAUAAUUUAUAUUUUGAACGGAUUUCUUCAUUUUUAUUCUAUCUAUUCAUUUUUUUUAAAUCCUGAUGCAUUUCUUCAAUAUGAUCAAUAUAUAUUCAAAACUAUAUUUUUAUUGGUAAAUUAGGUAUAAAUUGUGUUUGAAAUAUCAAACAAAUUAUGUUUUUUUUAAUUGAAUAAUAAUUAUGAUUCUUGGCAGAAUAAGAAAAUAUUGUUUUAAAUAUUCAUUGAGUUUGUUUAUAUUGGGCAUAUUUAGGGAAUCAACAGAAAUAAAAAUUAAUAAAUCCGAAAUUAUUAGAAAUUAAGAGAAUUUAUGCUCUUUUUGUUGGACUUUUGUUAAAAUAAUAUUUAUUUUAAUUUUAUUUGUAUUUUUAAUUGAAUCACUAAAUUUUGAUAUUGGUGUUUUGCCUAGUCCCGUUCUAUUUUAAAAACUAUUGGAAAGUAUUACUUGUGAUUUUUAGUCUCUAUAUUUUUUAUUUGUUAUAAUUUUAGAGACAGUUUUAAAUCUUACUAUUUAAUUUUUAGUUGUCUUUUUAAUGACGCUUUUAUAUUGUUUCCAUUAAAUGGAAAAUCGAUAUUAUCGACUGAGUUUUUUAAUAUUUUAAGAUGGAUAUAAAUUUGAAUAGGUGGUUUCUCAGCAGCAGGUGUAUUUUUAGUUGAAAUUUAUACGAAAUGAUAAAAAAUAAAUUAAGUUAUAUAAAAUCCAAUAAAAUUGUAAAAUUCGUUUGGUUUGUGAGAACUUUUAAACUUGCAAUGCAUGUUUUCAUUUAUUUAUUUUGUUUUAUUAUUUCUAAUAUAAUUUCCUAUUUUAAAUAUAUAAAGGAAUGUUUAUUCCGAUUUUUUUAUUUAUAUCCUUGGAUUUAAUAUGACACAAUAUUUAUAUAUACCUACUACUAUUGGCAAAAUAUGGAGUAAACAUGAAUAUAUUAGAAUUCCCAUGCUCAUUUUUAAACUUUUCAAAAUCAAGAAAGGUUCAACAAAUGAAUUAUUCUUAAAUAAAUAUUAUUAAGUAGUUAUUUAAUAUUUUGGAUACUUUAAUAUUUGAAAUUUUUAGUUCCAUGUAUAAAUUGAAACUUUUUUGCCAUAAAGAUUAUGACAUGACAGUCUCUGUAAAUUCCUGUUUACUAUUUCUUGCUAUAUAUUAGUGAAUAUCCCACAAAACGUGUAAACACUUUUCUCUUCAAAUCAAAGAAAGGUAAAUUCUAUCUGAAGAUAGAAAAUAUAAAUUUUUGACUCUAUUUCAAUAGUAACCGAAGCAACACACGUUUUUUUAGGUAAUACCAUACGGUUAAGGUACUAUCCAACAUAGUCGUGAAAAUGUCUGCGCUAUAAACGCAAAAUACAUUUAUAAAAACUUUUAAAAAAACAUUUAUGAAUUUUUCGAAAAACUAACAGAUAUUUUUCCAACAAGUAAGAGUGCCUAAAAUGAAUCUGGUGAAAUACCAGUUAAAUUGAGUAUAUAAUAGACUGAUGAACUUCCUGCUGAUUUUGUUUUACAUCCGUUCCGGAAUUUCUUCUAGCUGUUGCGUAUUUUUUUCUUCCUUAAUUUGAUAUAUAUUUGAAUUUAAAUUAAAUUAAAAAGUUUAAAUCUUCUCCUUAAAAAAAAUAAAAUAAUAUAAUAAUUAUGAAAAUAGAAAAGUAAUUUGUAUUUUGAGAAAUAAAGUUUUAGAUAGACUUUUUAUUCGAAUUUGUUGAAUUUGUAAAGCGGAUUUUAAAUUGUCUAUUCAUUUUGGCUCUGAUGUUUUCUUCUAUUUUUUGCUGCAAUGUUUAAUUCGAGUAUUCUUAUUGGUUGAAAUUCAAUGAUGGGAUUUUUGAAUUUUUUUUUUAUUUCUAGUAUAGAACAGUUCUAUUAAAUAGGUAGCAUGCAAGAGGGCAUUUUUGUUCUUGUUUUUCACAUACUUAUAUGGCUAUUUUUCUUUUAGGAAUUAUGACUAUCUAUAGUCUUCAAAUUUUUCUGAUUUAUUAUGAAUGAUUAUUGUUCUUAUUAUUUUCAAUAAAUGUUUGAAUAUUUCCUAUUUCUGUUAAUAAUUCUGUUGGUUCCACCAUGCUAUUAUUAAGUAAAGUAAUGGCAAUUUAUAAUAUUUCCAAUGUCAUAAAUUAUCUGAAAAGCUUGUGAAAAUUGAGUGGCAGUUAUAUGAAUUAAAAAUAAUUGUUUUUAGUGAUGGGACUUUUCAUGAAAAGUAAUUUUUGGACUAGCUCGAUGGACAUCACCGGAAAAGUAGUCGAUCUAGCAAUGACUUGACCUUUUUCCAAGAAACUGCUGUUUGAUAUCCCUUGGGUAUAGAAGACACACAGUUAAAUGUUUUCCUUCCAUGCAUCUUCAAAAACACUUUGGGAACAAUAUUUGCAUUUGUACUUUCCUUUUUUAGGCAAAUCUUUUGUAAAAUACUUCCAAACGUUGGAAAACUUCGUUAAAACAUAAAAAAAUUAAGCAGUCAUUUGCCGUUUCUUCUUUUUUAAACUAUAUUUUGCCUUUGUUUAUAAGCAGUUCAGCAAAAUUAUUAUUUAAUUUCGCGCAUGCGAAAUACAGUGUUUCGAUUACGGAAUGUAAUUUUUUUAUAUUCAUUCUGUAGUUUUUCAAAGUCUUUAAUAGUAUCGCUUUAAAAAAAGAUAACUUUAUUUGUUGCUAUACCUAAUUGUACGGGUAAUAUACGAGGGUUUUGUCCUGUGUCAUGUAAUUUGGGCUCUGCCACUGUUGAUCUUGUUCAUUGGUAAUUCAUUUUUCUUCCAAUUUAGAGGAUAGGCGGUCGAUGCUUGUCACAGGUUUGCCUCCAAUUAUGAGGAAUGUGCAUGGCGGGCGAUCCUUGUCCAGGUUGUACAAUACUUGUAGUUGAAAAAUUGAAUUUUUUCUCUUUUACCACCGUUUUCACGAAAAAAAGUUACUUUGUUAAUUAUAAACCGAAAAACACAAAAUUAAAGUCGAUUCGCGGCUUUAAAAAAGUUUUAAAAAUUUAUUAAUUUUUACAAAAAACAAAGAAAUUCUUCCGACAACUAAGAAGGUGUUGUUAAAAUAAAUACUCUGUAUAAUAUAAAGACGAAUUUUAUUGAAAAUUGUUUUUAUUUAAAACAAGAAAAUAUCAAAUUAAAUGGAAUCUUUUUUGAUAAGAACGCGAUGUCUAAGAAGCAAAAAAACAUAAAAGUCAAAGUGGUUACUUUUCAUCUGCUGGCCCAAACGCGUUUUCGCUAAUAGUAUACAGUCCUAAGGGGCACAUUUGAAUGUUUGGUACGUUAAAUCGCUUGGUUCAACAUUUAUGUACAGUUUUUAUAAUAGAACAGCAUUUCUGUAACCAGGCCGGAUGUCGCAUAUGGUUUCUAUAAUUUAUUAGUGCUUCAGAACUCAAUGAAUGGAGCCCUCUAGGUUUAAAUAGGUAGGUACAUUAGAAAUAUGCUAUAGAAUUGAUUCCCAGUAGCCAAAAUAUUUAUAAAAACAGGAUAAUCAAAAAUAAGUUUUAUAAUGCGGGAACAACUUAAAUGAAACAAUAUAAAUUUAACUAUGAUUUUAAUAAAUAUGUUUGAGUCUUGGUCACAGUACAUUUAUUAAAAAAUUAGUUUUUAGCUACUAGUUUCGACCACGCUAGGGAUGCGCAAAUUUUUUAAAACAUCGAUGUUGACAUCAAAUGAUACAUCGAAUACAGACUAUCGAUGUUGUAAAAAAAUCGGAAAAGGAAAUAUCGAUUUUUCUAAAUAUCGAUAUUUGUUUUUCCAUACAUCGAUGUGUCUGUAAACAUCGAUGUUUGCCAAAAGCGUUCAUUAAAGAGCAAAAAAAGGGGAAAAAGGAAUUCACACCAUCAAAUGAAACGUGACGUUUAACAAAACACCAAAAAACAUUGAAAAGAAAAUCAUCGAUGUUUAUUGAAAAAUCGAUGUUAUCUAAUAACAUCGGAUUAAAAACAUCGAUGUUGAACAUCGAUAAUCGAAAUUUAAAAAUCGAUGUUUUUUAAACAUCGAUACAUCCUGCGUAUCUCUACAUUCUCUACUGACUAGUCGCUAUUUUGACGGCAAACAGAGUGGUUUUGCGAGUUGGCGUGUUGACUUGUUACUAACAAUGGAACAGCGAUUUGUUCGUGGUCAGUCAGACAAUUUGCCCCAAAAUGAUUUCCUGUCAAUGACUAGUUAUUUUAUAAGUGCUGAAAUACCUGCUUCUAAAUGCUAAGCUACUUUGUUAGGAGGUGGCCAUAUAAUUAAUUCUUGAUAGUACGUUGAUAACAAAUGAACCUAUAUUUACUGACGAUCUUCCAACUGAAUGGGUAAUAUUGUUUAUGGUUCAUUUAGUCGAUUUUAUUUUAAGUGUAAUAAGAAUAUGUGUAUGAGGAACCGGAAUUUUAUUUGACAAAAUUUGCAAACAAAAAUAUGAUUUGGAAUACUUAAAAUUAGUUUGCGAGCUAUGUCUAUUAACAUUAAGGUCCCUUUUAACAUGCAUGCUUUGUACUGAUCAUAAUGGUCCAAAUUUGUGUCGGAAGAACUGCAUUCCCAAUCUUUCGGAAGAGCAACUCGCUUUAAGAUUUUCCAAACUAUGUGUCUGUUUAAAUUUGAUAGGAGAAGUACCCACAUGUGAUAGUACUCUCUUCUUAUUAGAGAACAUGACACAUUUGAUUUGUUUAAGGUAUUAUCAUUUUGGACUUGUUUAGAUCGAGUAUUUUUUUAUGUCUCAUAUGAUUGUUGUUGGGAACAAGAGUAGGAUAAUCAUCAAAGAGCUCGAGUGGAUCGUCUUCAAUAGCACCACCACCACUACUACAAUCAACCCACCCCACUGAUUUUAAAGUGUGUGUGAGAUUUGAUGACUAUAUUUUGGAGGAUUUCAACGCGACGUCUUUUCGCUGCAGCACCUCUUUCAGGUUUGAUAGACUUGGAACCUGACUGCUGACACUUAAAAAUAUGAGGUAAAACACCCUUUCUGAGCCUUAAGUUUUCAUCUUCCACUCCAUAUAGUUUUCCCGAUCAGUUUCAAACUGGAAUAAAAAAAUUCAGAAUACUAUUAGAUUCCAUUCCAACUUUUUUUUAUCUGCUUUAAAGACUUUGUAAAUGUCUUUUUAAAGUAUUUAAAAUAUUAAUAACAAUCUCGUAUUUCUUUAUUUAUACACUAAGAAAUUCAUAUUUGAGCACAUCUUAAAGGAUGAGCUAUUUAUUACCGUCAUAUUAUUGGGAAAUUCCAGUUCCAAAGGCCGUAAAUUAAUAAUGCCUUUUUAUGGCGGUAGGCUGCAAAUGUAACGGAUAUUCCUAUACUAUUUACCUACUUAUUUCUAUAUUAUUAAAUUGCUAAAUUUAAGUUGGAAACUACUCAUUUUCAUAAAAAAAUAAUCCAAAUGUCGUUUCCAAGCUCAUUGGAUAGUUAAUACCAAAGCCAUAACACUAAAAAAUUUUUGUUAUUAUUUGAUAAAUAUAGAGCUGGACUAUAUCAAAUCUUUAAGUCCCAAAAACUCAUUUGUUUAGUAGAUCAGCUUUAUUGAAACAAUUAUAGAUUUUUUUGAAAUUCAUAAACAUUGUUU